AUGCCCCCUGCAACGGACAAGCCCAAGCAGGCAAAGGGGCCUAUAAAGUCCCUGCUUGACUUUGGUCUCCAGUUCUUCUUCGACCGCAAGUAUUUCUGGCACUUUACAUCUCUCCUCUUUCUCGGAGAGAUACUUUUAGGUCUGCUCGUCAUAUGGAAGAUCCCAUACACAAAAAUUGAUUGGCCUGCGUAUAUGCAGCAGGUCGGCAUGUUUCUUGAUGGUGAACAGGACUAUUCUAGGAUUGAAGGUGAGACUGGACCCCUUGUAUACCCCGCCCUCCACCUGUACAUAUAUACUGCCUUCAGCAAGAUCAUGCCUUCCAUCGACGACGUUCGACCAGCUCAAUACAUCUUCCUCGGCAUCUACCUCCUUACCUUCCUGUCGGUAGCCAACAUCUACUAUCUCGCCGGAAGACCCUCCGCCAAUGGCAAGCACUACGUGCAGGCCCUGCUUGUUCCUCUUACGCUUUCCAAGAGGGCGCAUUCGAUCUUUAUGCUGAGACUCUUCAACGACCCCAUUGCAAUGCUCAUAUUCUACUGGUCUGUCAUUGCUUUCCAGAUUGGAGGAAGGAAGGGGUGGAGGGUUGGCUGUGUUUUAUUCAGCUUGGCCCUUGGCGUCAAGAUGAACAUUCUUCUAUUCGUCCCCGGAUUGUUGGUCCUUCUCUUCCAAUACCGAGGUAUAUAUGGACUCGUUGAAGGGGUCUCCGUAAUUGCUCUGGUUCAGGUCGCACUCCCCGCACCCUUCUUCCUGUCAUCCACCAACCACGCUCUCUCCUACUUGUCUUCGGCAUUCGACUUUUCCCGGCAAUUCUUGUACGAAUGGACAGUCAACUGGAGAUUUAUAAAUGAAGAGUUGUUUUUGAGCCGAGAAAGGGCCGUGUUGUUGCUCUUCGGUCAGGUGAUCGUUCUCCUGACCUUUGCCGCUUUCAAAUGGUCUCCCAUCCCUGGCGGAGCUAUCCGAGUCGUCAACAACGGACUUCUCCGUCCCUCUCAGUCUGCUGGUGAACCCUCGAUUCUCCCUGCUUACCACAUUCCCCUUGUACUCUUCACGUCUAAUCUAAUCGGCGUGAUCUUUGCGCGAUCACUUCAUUAUCAGUUCUAUAGCUGGUAUUUCCAUCAACUGCCAUUCUUGCUCUUUUCAGGUGGGGCCUGGAACAGCGCAGCAAUUGGGAGCAUCAUCUGGGCACUGAUUCAGUGGCCCUGGGAGGUCACACCGGCAACAGCCUUUACAUCUCUUCAGCUCCUGGGGAGCCAUCUUGUGCUGUUAUCUGGCUUAUUUUUCCGCAACCCCAUAUCCAAAGAGGUGGUCCCUUCAAAUAUAAAGUCAGAGUGA